AUGACGAACGAGAUGGGGGAUGCGAAUGCGAAGCCCGGAUCGUGGAAGGACAAGCAAGGGCAGUGCGGUCAGAACGUCCAAGCAGGACCGGGCGUCAUUGGCGGGCAGGUGUCAGGUCAAGAUCCGCUUCUGAUUGCACCGUCCGCAUUAGAUUUGGACGGGCUUGUGCAAGAAGCUCAGGAACAGGCGAAGCAUGAGCAGAGAAGGUUUGGGAUCCGUGGAUGA